GGACCAGCCACACCCCGGGCGUAGCGACGCUGUUAUUUUCUCUCCUGGAAAUGAAUCAUCCUCGGCCCGUUUGGCUCUGAACCGCCGCUCGCCGGGGCGUCCCGUUUCCUUGCAGAGCGGCAGGCAGGAGGAGCGUUGCGCGCUCUGCUUUCCACCCCGGAGCAGCGGACGGGGCCGAAGGCACCAUGGCUGGGAUUGCCGCUAAAUUAGCAAAGGACAGGGAGAUCGCGCAAGGGCUGGGCUCUAACUCCAAAGCCGUGAAAUACUUGAACCAAGACUUUCACGAGCUGAGGAACGAGUGUCUCGAGGCGGGCAAGCUCUUUCAAGACCCCUCCUUCCCCGCCGCCGCGGCUGCUCUGGGGUAUAAAGAACUGGGGCCAAACUCGUACAAAACGAAAGACAUCGCCUGGAAGAGGCCAACGGAAUUGUGUUCCAAUCCUCAGUUUAUCAUUGGAGGUGCCACCCGGACUGAUAUCUGCCAAGGGGCUUUAGGAGACUGUUGGCUUCUAGCAGCCAUUGCUUCUCUCACUUUGAAUGAAGAAAUUUUGGCUCGAGUGGUUCCCAGUGAUCAAAGCUUCCAAGACAAAUAUGCAGGAAUCUUCCACUUCCAGUUCUGGCAGUAUGGAGAGUGGAUAGAUGUUGUUGUUGAUGACCGGGUGCCUACCAAAAAUGGAGAACUACUUUUUGUUCACUCAGCAGAGGGGAAUGAAUUCUGGAGUGCCCUGCUGGAGAAGGCCUAUGCCAAGGUGAAUGGUUCCUAUGAAGCUCUUUCAGGGGGAAGCACGACUGAGGGCUUUGAGGACUUCACUGGUGGAAUUGCAGAGUGGUAUGAGCUGCAGAAAGCACCACCAAACCUGUUCAGAAUAAUCCAGAAAGCUCUUCAGAAAGGUUCUCUUCUUGGGUGUUCUAUUGAUAUCACAAGUGCUGCUGAGACUGAAGCAGUCACAACACAGAAGCUAGUCAAAGGGCAUGCAUACUCUGUUACAGGAGCUGAAGAGGUGAAUUUCCGAGACAGCAUUCAGAAACUGAUCCGGAUCCGAAACCCCUGGGGAGAAGUUGAAUGGACUGGAAAAUGGAAUGAUAACUGUCCAAAUUGGAAUGGUAUUGAUCCGAAAGUGAGAGAGAGAUUGACUAGACAACAUGAAGAUGGAGAAUUUUGGAUGUCAUUUAGUGAUUUCCUGAGACAUUACUCUCGUCUUGAGAUCUGUAAUUUGACUCCAGACACCCUGACCACUGACAAGUAUAAAAAAUGGAGCUUGAACUUGAUGGAUGGAAACUGGAGAAGAGGUUCCACGGCUGGUGGAUGCCGAAAUUAUCCUGAUACGUUUUGGAUGAACCCACAAUAUUUGAUUAAACUCAAGGAAGAAGAUGAGGAUCCAGAUGACCCAGAAGGAGGUUGUACCUUCCUGGUUGGUUUGAUUCAGAAACACCGUCGGAAGCAGAGGAAGAUGGGGGAGGAUAUGCACACAAUUGGCUUUGCCAUCUAUGAGGCAAGUUCUUUUUUUCUGUCUUCUGGCCAAAUGAAUGUCCACCUGAGCAAAAACUACUUUCUCACAAACCGAGCAAGGGAACGAUCCAACACAUUCAUCAAUCUUCGGGAACUGUUAAAUCGAUUCAAACUUCCCCCAGGAGAGUAUAUUAUUGUGCCAUCAACCUUUGAACCCAACAAGAAUGGGGACUUCUGCCUCCGAGUCUUCUCUGAAAGGAACGCUGACUCACAAGUUGUUGAUGAUGAAAUUGAGGCCAAUAUUGAAGAGAAAGAACUCACUGAAGAUGAAAUUGAACCCAGUUUUAAGAAACUAUUUGGGCAAUUAGCUGGAAAGGAUGCUGAGAUCUCAGCCUUUGAACUAUAUAAUAUUCUGAAAAAAGUCUUGGCAAAACGUCAAGAUAUUAAAUCUGAUGGCUUUAGUAUUGAAACAUGCAAAAUCAUGGUUGAUCUAUUAGAUACUGAUGGAAGUGGGAAACUGGGGCUGAAGGAAUUCCACAUACUUUGGACAAAGAUUCAGAAAUACCAGAAAAUUUAUCGGGAUAUGGAUGUAGAUCGUUCUGGCACCAUGAACUCCUAUGAGAUGCGGAAAGCCUUGGAGCAAGCAGGAUUCAAGUUGGAUUGCCAGUUGCAUCAAGUCAUUGUGGCCCGUUUUGCUGAUGAGCAGCUGAUCAUUGAUUUUGAUAAUUUUGUUAGGUGCUUGAUUCGACUAGAGACAUUGUUCAAGAUAUUUAAGAAACUGGAUACUGAGAAAACAGGAACAAUACAGAUGAACCUUGUCACUUGGGUGUGCUUUACUAUCAUAUGAAAAAGCAAUGCACAAACGGUGAAAAGUUCUCUUGGGAAUCAGCAUGGAACAUUUAAAAAAAGGAUUAUUAUGCACCUUGUACUUACGGUGAAGCUGCUAGAGGAGAGUAUUGAAAAAACAAAGUAACUGCCGAACAAUCUCAAUAUAUUAGCUUUAACUUUUUAUAUACUACUAUAGUAUUAACUUAAACUCUUCCAGGUUUGCCAUAAGGUAUUAGCUGGGAUUUCUGGGAGUUGUAGUUCUAUUACAUCUAAAGGUAUUGAGAAUGGCUGAAUUUUCUAUUAGAAAUUAGCUUCAUACUACAGAUCAGAUCUUAAGUUAACCAGCUGAAAUCAGAUUCGUUAAUAAGGAAUGCUUUUGCCACUCAAAUAAAGGAUGGUCACUUUGUAAUGCUCUCAGGUCAAAUUUUCUUUUUUCUACACUUCAAAUAAAUGUCAAGUUUUGAGUUUCUUCAGGAAAUUUUUUUUAAAAAAUCUAGCAGUGUAACUUGAAUAAAAGUCAGAAAGGUUGCAUUCAUUCAUUAUAGAAUAAAUCUACUGUAAAACUGGUGCAUCUUUUAUUUGCAGUUGAGUAAAAACUCAUUACAUCUAUGUUUCACUUACACACACAAUGUAAUG